AUGGCGUCUGGACCCCCACCACCGGUCAGCUUCUGCGGCAUCGCAGUAGACGACGUGCUGGCAGUGCCAGAAAUCCAAGAGCUUUUAACAGCAGACGCUCCCACCACCAUGCAAGAAGAGCCCGCCAACGCCACGCUGAGCGCCGAAAGGGCCCCGGGGGUAUCCAUCCCUGCUGAGGAAAUGGAUAUCGAGAGGCAGCUACCAGAAGAUUUACGCCUUCAGGAGACCACUCGUUCAAUUCCAGCUAGCACGGUGGCACCUGCAGUAGCUGAUGGAGGGGAACCAGAGGCACCAACACCGAAGAAUGUGCCGCAAAAGUUGAGCCCCUGCGCGUCCAACGUGCUCUCCACCACAGGGCAGCAUGUCCACAUCAUGGAUGCCUUCGAGCUCGAGGAUCUUUGCCGCAAGCUGCAGGUUCAGACGGCGUCGAUCAGCCACGACAAGCUCGAAAAGGCUGAAGCCCGUCGGCAGCAGACGCGGAUCCACGAGCUCCGAGCCGAACUGUCUCGCCUUCAAGGACUGGAAACUCAGCUCAAGCAGUACCAGCAGCGCCCCAUGGCGUCACUGGCGAGUGAGCUCAACACGCGCCAGCAGGAGAUCGCCGACCUCUCCACCAAACUCCAGGCCGCCACGCAGGAGGAACUCGACUGGGGUCUUGAGCCCGUGCAGUCGCUAUUCUUCGCGUCGUUGCUUGCGCGGACAGUCGAGCCGCUGCUGAGGAAUAAUGGGCCGCUGACGCUCAAGACAUCGACUGGUUUGGAGGCGAAGAAGGUCCAGCUACAGGAGUUCAGGACGACCGAGAAGUGUACGGACGACGCAAAGAACGCGGCUACGUCGAACUCUUCACUUCGAACGUUCAACAUCAUUUUGACGUUGCGCAUCAACGACGGCGUGUUGGAGAUCCCUUUGAAGUGCGCUUCAGGCAUCAGCGGAGAAGGCUCCGUGCAAGGACCCCCGGGCUUUGACGGGUCGAAUACAUGCACAAAGUUGGCAAACAAGAAGCCGCAGACGCGAAAGCUGGCGAAGAAGCAGAAUGCCCCCGCCCUCAGUCGCCAAACGCGAUGGAACGCCAACCCAGACUCCGCGCGCGUGCGCGAAGACGACCUCAUUUCAAGGACCUUUGAAUGGAUCGAGCGACCGGGAGCAAGCUCGGCGCACCGCGUUGGCUCUCUCUUCGCCUGCGGUUCGUACAAGCACAUCACGACUCCGGGCACUACGGACUACCUCAUCGCCUUGGCCACAUUGGCUCAAGGCGAAUACUUUCCGAGCGACCAUGACAUGAUGGAGGAAGUCCUGGAGCUGCUGGCCACGGACAGCCCUAACGACGACAAUAGUGUCGCGUUGAGCAGCGGAAACAACAGCAAUGGCCCCGGCCGGAUUGCUGCAGCGUCGACACUGAUCGGACCAAGUUUGACGCGCGUGGCGGCCCAGCUGCUAAGUGCACCCCCACCACGGCUCGCCUCGCAACCUCUGCGUGAAGUGCACGAGAACAUGCGAGCUGCGGCUGCGACAGCAACGGCGUAUGUCCUCUCCAAUGGGCAGCGCGUGCAUGUGAUGAAUGGUGCCGAGUUCGACGAGCUUCGCCGUAAGUUGCGGGCACAGAAAGCCUCUCGUCGCUUUCGCAAGCGCAAAAUGGAGCAGUCUCGACAACAGAAGAAGAAGAUUCAGGAGCUGCACUCCGAGCUCUCCCGCCUGCAGGAGCUCGAAGCGCAGUCACGAGACUACCAGAAACGGUCGCCAGAAUCGCUGGAAGUGGAGCUGAAGCUCCACCAGAAGGAGAUCGCUGAUCUAUCGAGUACGAUGCAGGAUGCAGCUAAGCAAGAAGCCGACUGGGGCUAUCUUAUCGCCUUGGUGGUCGCACCGCUUCAAGGCGGAUACUUUUACGCCUUGAAUCCGGACGUCGAGAGAUACUCGGAGGACUCGGGGGACGGCCAAGCUGGGACGAUGGCGGUGACGCACUACGGGUUGAUGCAGACGUCGUCGUGGCAAGAGCCGUACGCCGACCUGCUUGAAGCCCUGCAACGGAUUCCUUCGACGGAGAUCCCGUGCUUUGGCGGCAAAGAGAGCAGCGGCGGCAGCUCCGUCCCAGCCGCCAACAGAGACGCUGCGUUCGCGCUGCUCCCUGCCUAUCUUUUCGGGCCGAGUCCGAGCGAUCGAGACAUGAUGGAGGAAGUUCUGGAGCUCCUGGCCACGGACAGCCCCAACAAUGAUGAUAGAACCGCGUCGACCGCCGCAAGCAGCAGGAGCGGCAACAGCAACAACAACAGCUGCAGCAGCACCACCACCACCAGCACCACCACCAACAAAAAUGACAAUCAUUCGAGUCUGUCGGGAUUCAACCACAGCUCGAUCAACGACUCGAGCCAAGACGACAGAGAGAGCGUCGAGAGCUUGGAGGUGCUGCAAGUGAUGGGAGCUCACGACUGUGAUGAGAAGAAGGAGGAGGGCCAGUAUCUGACUGGAAGAAGAGCAGUGCAAGAGCAGAACCAGGCAGCAGAAGCAGCUCUAGGCGUGACUUGCUUGACGAGUAUUAGGCCUCAAGGUGUACCAGGGAGAGCAAUGAUGUCUUUGCCUCAAGCCGGUCGUUUGAGUCCCUGGACCCCACGCACGAUACAACACGAUGCACGGUUCUUUGGUGGAAGCCCAGGUACGGUCUCGGCCUUUGCCGUGCCACCAGUUGCAGCGCAGAGACCGGUCGCACCCCCGCCCCGGUCGACCGCACAAGCUUCGCGAAAUCGCAGGAAAAUGCGCGCGGCGGCUGCGAUCACAACGUCGCAUGUCCUGUUAAAUGGACAGCGAUUUCACGUGAUGAACGGGGCCGAGUUCGAUGAACUUCGCCGUAAAUUGCGGAUGCAGACAGCAUCUCGGCGCUAUCGGAAGCGGAAGAAGGAGGAGUCUCGACAACAGAAGAUGAAGAUCCAGGAGCUGCAGUCGGAACUCGCGCGCCUUCAGGAGCUCGAGAUGCAAUCAAGAAACUAUCAGCAACGCUCGGAACAAUCGCUGGAGGGCGAGCUGAAGUACCACAAAGAGAAGAUCGCAGAGCUCUGGGGCAAGAUACAGGAUGCUGCUAUGGAAGAAGUCGACUGGGUUAACCUGAUGAGCAGCCAUCUCCGCAAUCCUGCUUGCAUCGAGGCCGCUACGAAAGCGAGACAGCCGAGCGAAAACGCGCAGCUCCAAGAGAAAACUACAUCUGAUACUUCGGACGUGCUCUCCACCACAGGGCAGCGUAUCCACGUCAUGAACGCCGCCGAGCUCGAGGAUCUUUGCCGCAAGCUGCAGGUUCAGACGGCGUCGAUCAGCCACGACAAGCUCGAAAAGGCUGAAGCCCGUCGGCAGCAGACGCGGAUCCACGAGCUCCGAGCCGAACUGUCUCGCCUUCGAGGAUUGGAAACUCAGCUCAAGCAGUACCAGCAGCGCCCCAUGGCGUCACUGGCGAGUGAGCUCAACACGCGCCAACAGGAGAUCGCCGACCUCUCCACCAAACUCCAGGCCGCCACGCAGGAGGAACUCGACUGGGAAGAAAUUGAUGGUGAUGUGGGUGGAAACAAGACUCGAGUCAAGUGA